CUUUACAGACAGCAAAGUAAAGAGGAGUCUUUAACCUGCCCAGCAGACAGGCAGAAACUGGACCCAGACCGGGUUAAUAGACUUUUUAACUCCUGCAAAUUUAAGAAUGAUUUGCUUGGCUGAGUACAGGUAAAGACCAACACAGUUAUUGAGCAUUAUCUUUAUCACUUCUUAAGUCUUGUCCAUUUUCAAUGGGCUGACUUGUUAGAGUCUUCCUCAAACACACGUUUUAUUUUUCAAUUAAAUAUUUUGAACAGUAUUCUCUUUCCUUUAGUCUAUCCGUUUUUUUCUGUUCUUGAAAUAUACCUUACGCAUUUGUAUUUUUCUUAAAAACAUCACCAUUCUUUAAUUAAACUCUCCCUUGGAAAGGCUCUCAUGAAGAGAAAACAAUUUUCACCUUAGAAAUUGACCCAUCUGGAUCUUGAGGACGUAGGAAUAAUAGUACUGUGAUUAUUUCUAAGGACAUCUUCCCUGAUAAAGCAGCAGAAAGGAAGAUUCUCUCAAUGGCGAUCAGAUGUCCAAAUGAUGGCUGUGAAUGGACUGCGGAGCUGAGGAACAAGAAGGUAAAAGUAACGCAUAUUUCAAUAAAUGUCAAUAAACAAUUUUAUCAGCAUAAGUAAUUGUUUUCGUCUGUUGAAAUAACAAAUCCACAGACAUAGCUCAAGUUCCUACAUGUACAAGCCAAGACAUAGAGACGAUGGGCUUGAUAGUUUUUUACUUCUCAUGAUCAAGGACAGUUAGGAAACGAUGCUUAAACUAAAGUUGCUUUGGUUUUAUUUUUGAACAGAUCCACUUGAAAUCUUGCCCUUUUCUGCAAGUAGCGUGUUCUAACAAGAACUGUCCCAAAAAAGUCCAGAGAAGACAUCUUACACGGCACGAAAAUUAUGUGUGUCCUUGGAGAAUCCUUCAAUGUACAUACUGCACGGAGCCCCACCCAGACUGCAUGAUGCAAGUAAGGAUUGUAAUAGUGGAGGAAUCGAAGAGAAGUAACAUAACUCUUGCCAGGAAAUCUUUUAAUGUUUCUGUUAAAAAACUUGAGACCCUUAAAAUCGAAUAGGAAUCAGAGUAAAUAGAUAACAAACUAUAUAUUCGAUUUUAAAGAAGGUCUCAAUGGGUUUAUGGCUUUUACGGCUUUGGUUAAAAGUUUGGCAACUUUACGGCUAAUUGUUACUGUCUUUUCAUUCCACUCAUCAGGAAAAAUUCACGGUUAAUUUUUUUUACGACUAACAGUUUAUAAUUUGUCAAUGUUUACGCCCAAAGGCUAAGUUUUUUGGCCGUUCUACGGAUAACGGUUAACACCAUUAAGACUCUCUUUAGAGCCCGAUUUUCGAAGGAAAUUGAUCGAAAAAAUGGAAACGUAGUGAAAUCAAAUUUCCGCAUCCCUGUGUUUCUUUGAUUUUUCUUUUCGUAGGACCAUAUUAGACAGUGCAGCAAGUUCCCAAUAACUUGUCCAAACAGCUGUGGUCUUUCAAUUCCAAGGGAUAUGGUGAGACUUUCAGCUUUAUCUGUGAUAUACAAUCUGAAAUUUUAAAUGAAUCUUUGGCGACUAGAUGUAGCUUUAACACAUGCUAUUUAUCCUUCAAAUAUCAAUUUACAUCCUUUCACUUUAAGAUAGGAUAAUGUAAAACAUACAAAAUUAUGAAUCGUAAAAACAUUUCUAACGGAAAUAAAGGUGAAUGUAAUGAUUCUUACUGAUACUUGAUCUGAUCAAAAAUUUUCUUUAAUUAGUUUCAAAAUCACAUGCACACGAUGCUAACGAGAGACAAAUGCCAAACAGUUCCUUUUUUUGCUUUAUUUAAAGCUUCUCAUUUUAUUUUCCCGUUACAUCUCAUUCCCACUGGAAAAACAACAAACCAUCUUUACAGGCCGCAUUCAUUCUUUUUUCAGCCUAUUCCAGGCUCUCAGUCGAUGAAAAACGCAAACGGCGAAGGAGAGCCACAUAAAUUGUUGAGAACCUCAUCGUGGUGUUCAGGGAAAGUUUAACCCGAUCAUCGAUUGAUUUUGAAUUUCUUUAUCAACAUUGCAUCUACGUAAAUCACUAGACUUCAUAUGAUAGAUUCCAAACAGUGUUAAGGUUCUAUUCAUUAGAUUCGAUUUCCGCUCGUAGAUGGUAGAUAAGCGAAAAGUGGCAUCUGCAGUUGUCAGAGUAGCCCACAGUGCAGGCGUCUAGUUAGUGCGAGCUAACGUUAUAAGCUUGCGAUCGUUUAUCCCACCGACCAUGUUUCAUUUGGAGUGGACGGCGGGGGUAGGGGGUAAACGGAAAGGCGAGAAGACGCUUGCUCGAAGAGGCUGUUGAAAAGCAAAACACUUUCUGAUAAGUUGCACGAAAAUGAGUGGGUCACCAAUCAAAAUGAGUAAAAUUAAUAACCGGGGCACUGUCUAUUAUUAUUAUUAUUAUUAUUAUUAUUAUUAUUAUUAUUACAAGAGCGAAAGGUCAGAAUGACGCUCAAAUGACACAUUUGGCUAGUGAUUGAGUUUAAACGCACCAAUCAGGGACUCCUUUCGUGAGCGAGCAGAAAUUUCCAAAAUAACAAUACUUCGGGCAGGCGUAACCUUCACUCCCCUACCCCCACCCUCUCCUUAUUUUUCGCAGUCGACCACUCCCUUGGUACAAAUUUAUUUCCACUCCCCAGCCUUCCGCAGCCAUUAAAAUCAAAGAUAGCGGCCAUGAUUUUCGUUAAGAAAAUACUAAGCACUCGCUCGCCAAAAUUAGGUUGUGCCGCAAUCCUACCGGCUAGAGGUACGCCCGAGCAGCACCACUGACGACUUUCCGAGUCGAGCGAUUAUCGGAAAUUGUCGGCUAAUUCCAAUAUGACGCACUAUUCCAGUUUUACCUACAGUUUAGCGAAGUGACUGAAUCAGACAUGAACAUUAUCACAUGCUUUACAUGUGAUGAAUACAUUGUAGAGUUUAAAUCAAGGAGGUUUCGCUAAAUUUUGUAUGGCUGUUUCCUUCAGCCUCGUCGAUCUUAAGUUUCUUGUUCAGCAGAGUUUUAGCUUAACACCGUAGCAGCUAAGACCUGCGUUUGCAAAGGUAAACAAAACUUACGAAUAGUAUCGCCACUAUAAUGCCUUUGUCAUAGUGCUACUGGUAAGAAAAAUCCCCAUGAUGAAAUUUCUUUAUAUUGUCUUGUACCUCACGCCGGUAGGAUCUCAGGAGGCGUAGAAAAUAUUACCGGCUAGAGGUACAGCUUGCAUAUUUAAUCUACUUUGCCCAAAUGUUACUACGGUUUGCUUUACAUUUUAUUUUUUCUGCACUCCAAAUUAGUCUUACACUCCUUUAAGUCUUACACUUGUGUUUUUAAGAACAAAUUUACUUUUAUUUGUUUUAAUUUGGUCUUGUACCUCUAGCUGGUAGGAUCUGAAGGGGCUCUUAAAAUACUACCGGCUAGAGGUACAGCUUGCAUGCUUAGUCCACUUAGUCGGCCCAAUUUUUAUUACGGUUUUCUUCACAUUCGUCUUUUCUGCACUCUAAGUCGUAGUCUUACACUCCUUGGAAUCACUUUUACAAGAGUAUGUUUGCUUCUAUUUUUUAAUUUGGUCUUGUACUUGUAGCUGGUAGGCUCCGAGCUGGCUUAGAAAAGACUACCGGCUUGAGGUACAGCUUGCAUACUUAGUCAACUUUGCCCAAUUUUUGCUUUGGUUUGCUCCACAUUUUACUUUUUGGCACUCCAAAUUAGUCUUACACUCUUUGGAAUCACUUUUUUAUGAAUACAUUUGCAUUUUGUACUUUCUUAUUUAGCUGGUAGGAUCUUAUGAGGCUUAGAAAAUACUUGAAGUACAGCUUGCAUACUUAGUUGACUUUGCCCGAUUUCUAUUGCAGUAUGCUUUGCAUUUUACUUUUUGGCAUUCCAUUUAAGUCUUCUACUACAUUGGAAUCACUUUUUUCAGAAUAUAUCCUUAUUCCUUGGUCGUGUACCUACCGUUGCUUAUUUGAUGUUACAGUACACAAGCUAUAAUCAUCAAAUGACUCUUUAUGGGGAAUCAGCUAAAACCAAUGCAGGCAUUAUUAGCAAAGGGUUUCUGGUUGGUGUUCAAAUGAGAAGGGUUUGAUUUCUUUAUAAUAAUAGCAAUUUUUAUUUUAAAAAAUACAAUAAAUAUCACAGGCACAGGUUGAUCCCAUUUAUUAAUUGCACAAAUUUUAUAUAUAUAGUGGAAGACCAUUUCAUAUUUUCAAGAAUAACCUGCCUUAAGGUUUUCAUGCAGUCAUAUAUGCAGUCAAUUAUCAAUAAAAAUACAAAAGGAAAAUGUCAGUUUGAUGAAUUAAAAUCAUGUUAUCCUAUGACUACCUAAAGAUGACUUGAUUCUAGUAUUUCAGACAAUGGUUAGCCUUGUCAACAAUACUUCUAAUCAAACACGUACAUCAUGAAAAUAGCGAAUGUUCCUUUCUAUGAAAUUCCACUCAUACUUAUGCAAAGUAGUACAUGCCGACACACUUCAGUAAAUCUGGCUGACAUAUUCAAGUCCAAAAUGAAUUUCAAGUCAAAUUCAUCUAUAAAUGGUUUGAUUUGUAUGAUAAAAUAAAUCCACAACUAAAGAAAAGACAAAUCAGACCAGUUAAAAAUUUAUUUACUUGAAAUUCAUUUAAAACAUAACAAUGUUAAUUAUUUCAAGCUUACUUCACAUACAUAAGCUGCCCCUCUGGCUGAUAAUGUUUUCUGAGUAAUCCAAGAUCAUUCUGGUUAGAUAAACAAGACUGCAAAGCAUGAAAAUAUAGGUAUGGAGUGACUCCACAACAGUAUAAGACUAACAUGGAAUGUAGAAAGGUUUUUCCAUAUAUCAAAAAGUAAAUGAAUGAGCUUAAUUUGCCUUAAAUGCACAAAGUACCUCUAGCCUGUAGUAUUUUCUAAGCCACUUAAGAUCCUACGAGCUAGAGGUACACAACCAAAGAACAAGAAGAUAUUCAAGAAAAAUAGUGAUUCUAAUGUAUUACUAGCUGGUAGGAUCUUAAGGGGCUUAGAAAAUACUGCUAGCUAGAGGUACACGAAGCUUGCAUAUUUAGUCGACUUUGCCCAAAUUUCAAUUUACUAUGGUUUGCUCCACGUUUUACUUUUCUGCACUCCAACUUAGUCUUACACUCCUUGGAAUCACUUUUUUUCAUGAAUACAUUUGCAUUUAUUUAUUUUAUUUCAUACUUUUAGUCGGUAGGAUCUCGUGAGGCUAAGAAAAUUUAAGAGGUACAGCUUGCAUUAUAAAUCAACUUGUGAUUCCAAGGAGUGUAUGACAAAUUUAGAGUGCCAAAAAGUAAAAUGUGGAGCAAACCAAAGUAAAAAUUGGGCAAAUUUGACUAAAUAUGCAAGCUGUACCUCAAGCCGGUAGCCUUGCUAGGCCAGCUCGGAUCCUACCAGCUACAAGUACAAGACCAAAUUUAAAAAAAAUAAAAGCAAACAUUCUCUUGUAAAAGUGAUUCCAAGGAGUGCAAGACUACAACUUGGAGUGCAGAAAGUCGAAUGUGGAGAAAACCGUGAUAAAAAUUGAGCGAAGUCGACUAAGUAUGCAAGCUGUAUCUCUCGCCGGUAGUAUUUUAUAAGCCCCUUCAGAUCCUACCAGCUAGAGGUACAAGACCAAAUUAAAAUAAAUAAAUGUAAAUUUGUUCUUGAAAACAUGAGUGUAAGACUGAAAAAGGAGUGUAAGACUAAUUUGGAGUGCAAAAAAAUAAAAUGUGAAGCAAACCGUAGUAACAUUUGGGCAAAGUAGACUAAAUAUGCAAGCUGUACCUCUAGCCGGUAGUAUUUUCUAAGCCUCCUGAGAUCCUACUGGCUAGAGGUACAAGACAAUAGAAAUUUUAUCUUGGAGAUCUUUCUGACCAGUAGCACCAUGACAAAGGCAUUAUGGUGUCGAUACUAUUCAUAAGUUUUGUUUACCUUUGCAAGCGUUGAUCUUAGCGACUACAGUGUUAAGCUAAAACUCUGCUGAACAAGAAACUUAUGAUCGACGAGGCUGAAGGAAACAGCCAUACAAAAUUAAGCGAAACCUCCCUGUUUUAAACUCAACAAUGUAUUCAUCACAUGUAAAGCAUGUAAUAAUGUUUAUGUCUGGUUCAGUCACGUCGCUAAACUGUUGGUAAAACUGGAAUAGUGGGUCAUAUUGGAACUAGCCGACAAUUUCCGAUAAUCGCUCGACUCGGAAAGUCGUCACCAGUGCUGCUCGAGCGUACCUCUAAGCUGGUAGGAUUUAGGCACAACCCCAAAAUUACGCCUGCUCAGCAGGCUGUUGUCAGAGAAAAGGCUAUAGAACUUAACGUGACGCUCACAUUUAUUCCCGCCACCCCUUCAAUGCUCUUUUCCACUGGUGCGUGCCAUUCUUUUUUAUUCAAGUUCUUUAUUUCAUGUGAUGCAGAUUUCGAAUCACACAAAAAAUGUCUGUCCGCUGACCAUAAUUUCCUGUCCAUAUGCAGGAAUGGGUUGUACUGCAAAGGUGAGAAAUUCAUAUAACAGGCCCAGAGAAACGCAUUAUGCAUCUUAUAACCUUACAUUCCAUCGUGGUUUGCUUCGUAAUUGAAGUGCCGAGACGAAUUCUGGAAGCCAGUCUUUUGUUAGACAAAAUGUUCCCAGCAGUUACGAAAUGAAGCAGACAGUUUCGGGCCGGUAAGGUAUAUAGACCAAUAUCUGCCUUUAAUAGCUAAUCUUCCAUAGUAUUAACUUAAUCUUGCACAUUUAUGGAGGCAGCCAUGUGAUAAAUUACCUUUCUUGUCGAAAGUUCGAGGAAACAUAACCAACAGAAAAGAUUCUGACGAGUGUGUUGAAGAUCACGUGAUACUGUUAUCGAAAAUAACUUUUAAUUAAAUUAGCUGUUUAAAUUACGGGUAUAGAUAAUAGUCUGUAGAAUAUCUGGUAAACGAAGUAUAAAUUUUUUAUAUAGAUCCAACGUCAAGAAAUGGAGUAUCAUCUUGAAUCAACAACAAGAAUUCAUCUUGAUUUAGUUUGUAUUAAAUUAGACAACACGGAAGACAAGUUAAAUAAAACAGAAGAUGAGCUGAAUAACACAAAAGAUAAGUUGAAGAAGACAGAAGAUAAAUCAAAUAACACAGAAGCUUUGUUAAAUGAGACAAGACUUGAGUUGAAAAAUGCCAUGGAACAGCUAAAUUUGUCGAGUGUAAAACAUACCAACGUGUUUCUUUGGCGGAUUGACAAUUUCAGCGAGAUUUUAAAAGAAGCAAAAAACGGAGGAAAAGAGACAAUAGGCAGUGAUCUACACCAAAAGUGAAACAGAAAGUUUUGGUUAGAAAGUUAAGGUUAGAAAUUAGACCUAAGGGGCUAGGAGAUAGCGAAAAUACUCACCUCUCGGUGUUCAUUGCUGUAAUGAAAGGUGAAUACGAUGCAAUUUUACGCUGGCCCUUCAAUAAGAAAGUGAAGUUCACAGUAAUUGAUCAACAGAAUGAUCCAGACCAACGGGAAAAUGUGACCGGAGAGAUCGUCGGGAGAGAUAUUUCGAACUUUGCAAGGCCCAAGAAAAAAAGAAAACUUGUCACGGGGUCUUUCAAAUUUUAUAUCUCAUUUGAAACUUCAUUCGCGACGCUACAUUGUGGAUGACACACUGUUUCUUCAGGUUGAGAUUAGUCAACCACCCGAUACGAACUCCAGUCUUGAAGAUUAA